CCUGCAGCCCCAGAAACCCAAACAACCCCGCCAUAACCCGCUCUUUACAGUACCCCUCCAAACACCACCACCUCCCCUCCUUCUAAUCUCAUACUCAUCCACCACCAAACGCCAACCAAAAAUCUCCACCUCCACCUCCACUUCCACCUCCACACAUCACCAUCCCCAUCCACAUCCAAAAUGUCCCACUGCCACAACGAACACUCUCAUUCUCAUUCCCACGACGACUCACACUCCCACUCCCACGGAGGCGAUGAACACAACCACGACCAUACCGACGAUCUCACCCCCGCGCUCCAAUACUCCCUCUACCAACACAUCGAUUUCGAUCAAGUAACGACGUAUAACGAGAGGGAAGCGGGGUCCGGAAGGGGGGUUGUGAGGAAGACGUGGGGGGAACGGAUGAGUGAGGUGCCUGUGGUGGUUAGUGAGGCGGGACGGAGGGUGUUGGUUAGGGUUGUGUGAGUUUUUGUUUUGGUUUUGGUUUUGGGGGGAUAUUGGAGGGGGCAAAGAAAGUGCUAACAAGAAAACAGAUUUACAGGACAAGUAAGGUUACAUUCAAUUUUAAUCCGAACCUCCACAUCCCCCUCCGCCCCCCGCACUCUAAAACUCUUCACCAACCGCGCCGACCUCGAUCUCCUCUCCAUCCGUGACGUUCAACCCGUCCAAGAACUACACAUCCCGCAAAGCAAUGGGGUGCAAGAAAUCCCCGUAAAACGAGCGAAGUUUGCGAGGGUGCAGGAUUUGAGCUUGUAUUUUGAGAGGAAUUAUUCCAGUGCUGAGGAUGAGGAGGAUAGUGAUGAUGAGGAGAGUGGAAGUGAGGGAGAGGGGGAGGAAGGGGGAGAUGGGGGAGAUGGAAAGACGAGAAUUUAUUAUUUGGGGUUUAAAGGGGAUUGGAUGGCGCUUGGGAAGGCGCCGGAGGGGAUUCUUUAUGAAGCGGCGGCGAAUCCGAGGGAUCAUCGGGUUAAAGGGAUGGGGGAGAGGGAGGUGGGGAGUAGGCUU